AUGUUCGAAAACUUGUUUGAGCAACUGGACAAAGAGCACAUGCCGGUGAAUGUGAGGGCUCCGGUCGAGGAGAGAGGACCACACGCUUCUGUGAUUAAGGGGCUGGCACCGGGGAUGCGACCCCGGCUGCUGAGUUGGGCCGGAGACUUCUUCUUUAACAGAGACGUCACAGAGCAGCCUCAUGGGGGGCCAAGAAGCAUUCAGGAUCAUGUGACGGAAACAAAGAGGGCUGCCUCUGAGAUGCCGAAGAGACGAGAUAUUGUGGCCGUUGUGUUGAUUGUGUUGCCGUGGACACUGCUCAUCACAGUUUGGCACCAGAACGCCGUCACUCCACUGCUCUCAACUCGCAAGAAUAACAGACUCAGUGGCCGCUCCAGGAACAGCUUCAUCUAUAAGGAGUGCUCCUCUCACGGCCGGGGCAUCGUGGAGGUGGUGCGUACUGAGUAUGUGUACUCUCGCCCCCCUCCCUGGUCUGAUGGCCUCCCCACACUCCACGUGGUCACCCCCACCUACAGCCGCCCUGUGCAGAAGGCUGAGCUGACCCGCCUGGCCAACACUCUGCUGCACGUCCCCAACCUGCACUGGAUCCUGGUGGAGGACACCCCAAAGAGAAGCAAACUGGUCAGCCACUUUCUGCAGGAAACAGGUCUGAACUACACACAUCUGAAUGUGGAGACGCCUCGAAACUACAAGGUUCGAGGCGAAACAAGGGACCCACGCAUUCCCCGUGGAACCAUCCAGAGGAACCUGGCCCUGCGGUGGCUCCGUGACACUUUAAACAGCAGCAGCAGCAGCAGCAGCCAGCUAGGGGUAGUCUACUUUGCAGAUGACGACAACACGUACAGCCUGGAGCUCUUUGAAGAGAUGCGCUCCACUCAGAAGGUGUCGGUCUGGCCUGUCGCCUUUGUGGGGGGUCUUCGUUACGAGUCACCAAAAGUGAACAAUCUGGGAAAAGUGUUUGGCUGGAAGACUGUGUUUGACCCUCACCGACCCUUUGCCAUCGACAUGGCAGGUUUCGCAAUAAACCUGCGGCUCAUUUUGUCCAAACCUCAGGCCUAUUUCAAACUGCGAGGAGUGAAGGGAGGAUAUCAGGAGAGCAGCUUAUUAAAGGAGCUGGUUACUUUGGGCGACUUAGAGCCUAAAGCUGCCAACUGCACUAAGAUAUUAGUAUGGCACACUCGGACAGAGAGGCCAGUGCUGGUGAACGAGGGCAAGAAAGGAUUUACUGAUGUGAACGUGGAGAUAUGA